UACAAGUCAUCCCUGGUGCGCGUAGCAACAGGCUAACUCUCGCUAACAUGUCAUGGAGUGCUACCACACAGUGUAAGGCCUCUCUGUUUACGUCUGGACAGCACAACUGACUGAAAGGACACCUGUUAGAGAACUGCAGUCAUGUGUCGGUGAACAUGCCUCAAAAUGGUGACAUACAUCCUGUGGUCAGCACUGGUAUGGACAUGCAAGGGGUUACUGUUCACAUGGAGGUUUCUUUGGAUUAGCCCAUACCAUGCAAUACAAGAGUCUCCAAGGGAACCGUAUGAAACAGGCCGUGGUGAGGGCUGGGACAGGGCCAGUAGGCUUAAGCACAGGCCUCCCCUCCAAAAGAGGCUGUCAGCUGCUGAGGAGGAUAUCCAGAAACUGAAGAACCAUCUCAACAGCCAGAAGGAAUCAUGGGAGAGGAGAUUCCUGAAACUGCAGAAGAGGCAGCAGGACCUACAAAACCAGCUGGCCUCUGAGGCUUGGGUAAGAAGUGGAGUCUACCUCGGGCAGGAAGGGAUACAGAUUCCCAGAGAACUGCUGUUUGAGGCCAUGUUGGAGAAUGGGCCACUGAGCCAGUUUGAUGAACAGGGCCAGGACUUUCCAAGGACCACCCUCAGGAGGCACGAGAUGAUGGCAUUAAGAGCUGACCAAAACAUGUCCUCACUGUCCUCAUCAUCAGCGUGUGACUCCAGCCCCCCUUCAGUUUCGUCUGUGAACACAAACACCAGUGUGGGUUCCUGGCGGAGUGGCAGUGGCCCCCACCGGGUGUUUGUGCCUCACUCCCCCCUAGACCUGCAGGUUGGCCACCGGGUCCGGGUUAUGCUGCCCUCGGGUCGGAUCAGCACCGGCACCCUGCGCUACUUGGGCACUGUGGGCGGCUCCCAGGACUACCAGCUGGGGAUAGAGCUGGAACGCGCUGACAACGCCUCCCAGUCUGGAGUCCUCCAGGGACAGCACUACUUUGAAUGCAUGCCUGGACAUGGUGCAUUCGUACCCUUUCAGAAGUUGCUUAUGGCCUGGGAAUGAACGGAGAGAGAGAGAGUCAGAGAGUAAGAAAGGCAUCUCCCUGUGGCGAUAACAUGGAUCACUAGACCCGGACCCACUGGAGAUCUCUUUGAAGUUUUAUGACUGUCAUCGGGGUAUUGUCAGUGGGUGUGCACACCGUUGGAAAUGUAUGUGAAAUCUGUACUUUUUUUUGCUGUGAUUUGUAUAGUUUAUUAUUGUAUAACUGAUUUGUGCAUUACUUGAAAUCCCAAAUGCAUUUUGGGAAAUUAUAAAUAAAAACACAACAUUGUACACAAAAAAAAAUCAGUAUUAUACUGUACUGAUAGUCCUGUGUAUUCCUCAAUUGCAUGGUGGAAAAAUACAACCUUUUACUGUGAAAAGCUUGCCCUUAGGUGUUCAGGCUUCUGUAAAGUGCUUUAGGCAGUACCUUUUUUUAAAUGGCACCAUAUAACCAAAUGCAAUUGAUUUGAAAUGAAAUUGAAAAGCAGGAAAGAGCUUUUCCAUUUCUCUGCACUGACCCCAUGACCCAUGUGCAAAGAUGUUAGCAGCUUAGCAUUCAGCCAAACUGAUACACAACACAUAUUAAGUUGUGUGUCUGAUUAUGGUCCACUAAAGGUGAUUUUGAAUGGCACAUAUGUCUUUGAAUGAGCUUAUAUAUUUAGGCAUAGUCAAUUAAGAGAUAAAGGCAUCAGGUGCCGGUGUGUUUACAGGUCUACAUAUGUAGAAUUUACAUGCCAAAGAAGCUUAAAAAUAAAAGUUUGAUGGCUGUGAUCAUUUUAAAAGUUUACCAGCAAAUGUGAAUUCAUAAAAGCUGUCUAGCCGAAUGGUUAGGAUGGCUGACUCCAAAGCUGUCUAGCUGAAUGGUUAGGAUGGCUGACUCCAAAGCUGUCUAGCUGAAUGGUUAGGAUGGCUGACUCCAAAGCUGUCUAGCUGAAUGGUUAGGAUGGCUGACUUCAAAGCUGUCUAGCUGAAUGGUUAGGAUGGCUGACUUCAAAGCUGUCUAGCUGAAUGGUUAGGAUGGCUGACUCCAAAGCUGUCUAGCUGAAUGGUUAGGAUGGCUGACUCCAAAGCUGUCUAGCUGAAUGGUUAGGAUGGCUGACUCCAAAGCUGUCUAGCUGAAUGGUUAGGAUGGCUGACUUCAAAGCUGUCUAGCUGAAUGGUUAGGAUGGCUGACUCCAAAGCUGUCUAGCUGAAUGGUUAGGAUGGCUGACUCCAAAGCUGUUCCACACAAAGACUUUUAAAUGUAAUGUUUGUUGAACAGUAAAUACACAUUCCAGACCUGCGAAUAAGUUGCUUUGAUAAACCAAAAAACUGGGGUUGGUCAUCUCUGCACAUAAGUGCCUUUUCCCUGGGGUGGGUGCACUGUGAAAGAACUAAUGGUUGGAGUUCUGUCUGUAUAUUACAGUAGUCAUAUUGGUAAUUUAUUUGUUUAACAGUAUAAAAUAACAUUACAAUAAUUUACUGGCUAGUAGCUUCCAGUAUGAUACUGCUGUUUGUUUACAGUAGGCUUAUUCCAAAUGUAAAUUCAAAAUCAGCACUGCAAAAAAUAUUAUAGUAACUUAUUGUUGACUUUCUUGUGGUAAAUUACUGGAGGUAAAGUAAACCUUUAUUUUUACAGCAGGCAUCUUCGUGAAAACGGACAAUAAAAUA